AUGUCAGCAUCAAACCAACAACAACAACAACAACAACAACCAUUGUCUACAGACACUCGAGGCGCUCCAAAGGCACUCGGAGUGUUUGGCAUCGACAACACGGACCCUACAGCUCCACUCCAAGCCGCACAAUUGAUACAAGGGUCAGGCACUGAUUCAGUCAUCUGGAUUAGCACUGAACUAACCCGUACGACAUCGGCUGGUAAUUUUCGUCUGUAUAAGGACGGAAGUGGGAGUUUUGGUCUAUAUGGAAGUGGGAGUUUUGGUCUAUGGGUGCCAAACUCACAGACAACCGAUGGAUCACAUAGGGGCAAAGCCGAGCCAGUUUGGGAGAAUCGCUCAUACAGCCGUGGCUCCGAAUACCGGCGAAACGACAGAGUUUUUGGAAACUCGAGUCGAAAUCGUCGAGAAUUCAGGGUAGCUCCGUAUGAUCGAUCGAUCCGACAUGGAAUUGCUACCGACCACAAUCGGCAGCAACACCAUUUUUCAUCACAACGACAGCAUCAUCAUUAUCAUUGUCGGAGUUAUGAGUCGGCGAGUCACCGCCGCCCAUCAUCAUCUUUUUCAAAACGAGAGAGAGAGCUGAGCUCAACGGCCGCUCCAUCUCGUCAUUCACCGCCAUCCGAACGUAUACGUCCGGUGAGCUCGACAACAACCAUGCCUGUCAGACACGAACGUCAGCAACGAAAAAUAUUGCUAAAUCGAAAACAGCGCGAACGCCAAAAGCGAAUAGUAACGGCGGCAAAAAUAAUGGUGAUAGAGCAAAAGCAAAAUCAACAUCAGCAACAUCAGCAGUCUACUUCAUCGCUCACAGAUGAAGAUGACAAUGAUAAUGAUGAUGUACUACCGGUACUGGUUGCGAAAACAAAUGGAUGA